CCCUCUCAGUGUCACACAUGGCCACGCUGUGUUGAAUACGCUCCCUGCCUCAUUCUCAGAAGCUCUCCUCCUCCUCCGCGCUGUGGUGACACAGCCUCUCUCUCUCUCGCUGCCGGGGACAGUGUGCCUCCACUGCCGCUGCCAGCCCAGGAUCUCCUCCGCCGUGGACCCAGCCCGGGGGCUCGAAUCUCAGCCGUGCCUGAGGGCUCCGGACGACCGUCUCUGCCCUCCCUGGAGGCCACAGGAUGGAGGCUCUGGCUCUCUACACGUUCCGCGCCAGCGAGAGUGAUGAGCUCAGCUUCCAGAAGGGCGACGUGCUGAAGAUAACCAACAUGGAGGAUGACCCCAACUGGUACACAGCAGAGCUUAAUGGCAGGAGGGGGUAUGUCCCCAAGAAUUACAUCAACCUGAGGCCACACAUGUGGUUUGCGGGACGGAUCUCCAGGCAGGUGGCAGAGGGACGCCUACAGCAUCGCGAGUGCGGGGCCUUCCUGGUCAGGGAAAGCGAGAGCGCGCCCGGGGAAUUCUCGCUGUCCGUCAGUAGCUAUGGGAACCAUGUACAGCACUUCAAAGUGCUGAAGAACCGCGCUGGGAUGUACUAUGUGUGGGACGAGCCCUUCGACUCUCUCAAUGAGCUGGUGGACUUCUACAAAAGCAACAGUAUCGCCAAGGAGAGGACGGUCUUCCUGCGGGACAGGGAGCGCUCGCACGGGCGAGCUCGCCACGCCCAAGCCCUGCUCGACUUCAACCCCCAGCACACCUCGCAGCUUCGAUUCAUGCGUGGUGAGGUCAUCGACCUCCUGGACUGUUCUGACUCGCAGCGUUGGAAGGGCCGGUGCCACGGCCGUGUUGGAUACUUCCCCCCAGAAUACGUCCAGCCCAUCUAUCACUGACCCCCCCCCCCCCCCCCCCACCCCGCCCCGCCGCUGCAGGAAGCCCGUCUUGGGAGAACAGGCACCUGCACACACUUCAUCCCAGCUUCUUGUCUUGUUCGCUUGAUCCCAUCUGGGGCCUGGACUUUGUACAGAGACAGUCAAUAUUCAGGAGACUGGGAGGAAUGCCUGGAAAGCUGAAACGGGGGGACGAUGAAGAGCAAUCC